AUGCGUUUUUUGUAUAUUAAUCUUUUAAUAUUUAUUUAUUUUUGUUCAUUUUCUUGUACUUAUACAAGCAAAGAUAAUAAUAUAUGGUCAUGGAUAAAAACAAAAUAUUUAACUCGAUCAAAUUGGUCAACAUUAUUAAUUGCUAAUAAUAAUAAUAAUUCUUCUGAUUCAAUAUGGUUUAUUUUUCAUUAUCAAAAUUCUUUUCCAUAUUCAAAAAAACUUGCGUCUAUUUGGGAAAAUCUUGCUCAAUAUGCAAUUAACUGGUCAAAAUAUAUUAAAAUAGGUGCAUAUGAUUGUACCAAUGAAUCAUUAUUAAUGAAUGAUAUUUGUCAAGAUAAAAAUUAUUCUCACUGGACUAUUUAUUGUCCAUUAACAAAUACAACACAAUUAGCAUUUCAGUCAGAACAAAUAUUAGAUAAUAUAAUAUUCGAAAAUAUUUUAAUUCAUUUAUUUAAUAAAUUAAAUAAAAUUAUAAAUCAAUGUUAUGGAAAAUCAUGGCCAAUUGAAAAUAUAAUUGAACCAAAAACAAUUGAUGAUUUGAAUAAAUUAAUUCCAACAAAUUUAAAUAAAUUUCAAUUAUUUGUUUCUGAUGAUAUUCUUCUUUAUACUAUUUAUGUAUUAAAUAAUUCAAAAACUAUUCAAACAGAACCAAUUUAUCGUUUGACAAAACAAAAUCAAAUUACAUUAAAUAUUGGUAUUUGGAAAGGAAUUCGUUAUAAAAAUGGUCAAAUAUAUCUUCAAUCAAUCGAUUCAAAAAAUGUAAUGCAACCUUUAAUACUGUCUAAAAAUAUGAAUUAUGAUAUUGAAUUAAUUAAACAAAAUAGUACAACGAUGGCUAAACCAACUCUUUCAGAUAUAGAUAGUGCUGUUAUUUGGAUGAUAAAUAAAGAUCUUCGUCGAAAAUUACCUAGUUUAACUGAAGAUGUUAAAAAUUGGAUUAAUACUCUUUAUAUAUAUUAUCCUGGAAGUAAUACUCUUCAAAAUUUUCUUUAUGAUUUAAAUAUAUUUCUUAAUAAUCGUACUACAUUAACAUCAACAGAACUUCAAAAUUAUAUUAAUUCAACAUCGAUUAUUAAAUUACCUGAAUUAAAAUUCGAUCAUUGUAAUGGAUCUGAUUCAACUAAACGUGGUUAUCCAUGUACAUUAUGGGUUUUAUUUCAUAGUAUGACUAUCAAACAAGUUCAACUUGAUGAACAAAAUAAAUUACCAUCAAAUGUUAAACCAUUCGAUCUUAUAUUAUCAAUUCGAAACUUUAUUGGUAAAUUUUUUCUUUGUCAAGAAUGUGUUACACAUUUUCUGAAUAUGACAUUAAAUGCUGAAAAUGAAAUUAAUUCAUAUAAACAAUGUGUUCUUUAUCUUUGGCGAAGUCAUAAUAUUGUUAAUAAACGUCUUCGUUAUGAAAAUGAUUCAAAUGAUCCAAAUUGGCCAAAAAUACCAUUUCCAAAUCAACAACAAUGUAAUAAAUGUAUUGAAAAAUUAGAUGAAAAUGAUGAUGCAUUAGAAUAUAAUGAAAAUGAAAUUAAUUUUAUAUCAAUAAAAUUUAAUUAUCAUAAAAAAUAA